AUGGAGUUCCUAGAGCUCAAGCAGGGGAACAUGAUUGUGCCUGAAUAUGCAACCAAGUUUGAGGAGCUGUAUGGUGGUGGUGAUGACAGUGACGAAGAUAGUAUUAUUGGUAAUGGUGGUGGUGGUGACAAUGACGAUGGCGAUGGCAUUGAUGGUGCUAAUAGUGGUAGUAAUGCCGGUGAUGAUGGUGAUGGCGAUGGUAACGAUGGUGGUAGUGAUAGUGGUGGUGGUGGUGAUAAUGAUAGUGGCAAUGGUGAUGGAAUUGAUGGUGGCAGUGGUAGAAGUGUUGGUGGUGAUGGUGAUGUCGGUGGUGAUGAUGGUGGCAAUGACAAUGGUGAUGAUGGUAGCAGUGUUGGUGGUAGCAAUGUUGGUGGUUACAACCAAUUAUGA